AUGACAGAACAUGUAGACGCGUUCAUGAUGAGAAAAGCCCCCGAAAUAGAUUCGAGUUGGCAAAUCUCGGCCACGAAUAAGUUUGACGAGAAGCGAAGGCAAAAACAAGCGUCAAAGAGAGUUCGUGAGCGAACAAACUCAUUCUGGAGCGUUGUUACCAAAUUCCAGGAGCACACAAAGCGCGACGACCUCAAGAGAUUCCGCAUCGACGGUCAACAUCGAUGGGAUGAUGUGAAAAUAAUGGCUUCGGACGCAGUUGAGAAGGACGCAGAGAAGACAAAAUGGCGAAAAAAUCCAUUCAGGGCCGCAGGACGAUCACUUCAGCGAAGCGCAUGCAACCUGGAGGUGCUCCUGAGCUUUCUACCCAAUGAUGGUCUCGUUGGUAUUCUCUGUGGGGCGUUGACAUUCAUCUUUUCAGCGGCUAAGAGACUUGAUGAAGUGAGAACGAGGAUCCUAGAUUGUCUCGACAGUUUGCCUGAGAUCGUAGAGCGGACAGAAAACUACGUCGAUAUAUACGACGAGGAUCCGGAGGUCUGGAAUGCCGCGGAGAGUCUCUAUAUAGGUAUUCUUGAUGGCGUGGAGGGAAUGCUGCAAUGGAUUGAUAAGUCGGCCUUUGAGCGCGCCUUCAAAGCAUUGGCACUGCCUGCAACAUUUGGGGCAAGUUUGGAGGAGGACACGAUCAAGAAAAACAUCGAGGACAAGGUCGUUCGGUUUCGCGAAGUUAUGCAAGUUAACUUGCACAGAAGGGUGGGGCAGCAAUACAAGACUAUCCAGACUCUUCAGACACAGCUGAACAGCCUUCUGGCACAUUCACAAUGGACCAUCGACAAUCCGCAAGCAGUUGUCCUGUUCAAGUCGUACAUCAAUCUCAACGAGCUUCGGGCCACGAUCGGCGUUGACCCACAAAUGGUCCGAAAAGACAUGGACACAGCACUUAUUGAUGCUCAGAACGUGUGCCCCCCAAAGCUGGUCAAUCUUGCCCUAGGGGUUCUACAAAACGAGAGGUUUGCCAGGUGGCUGCAAUCCAACAUGUCGGAAAUGCUCUUCAUCAAUGGGAGAAUGCAACUCAACACAGAACAGGAAGUUACGUCACCAUUCACAAUACUAUCUUGUGUUCUGGCACAAAGCGUCACAAAGCAAUCAGAGAGAAACUUGUCUUUGCUCCACCUCUGCGGCCAGCAUAGCUCGCCUAAUGGCACUCAUGGGGGAUCCAUUGGGAUGAUCCGCUCUCUGAACUCUCAACUUGCACAUGCCCUCGAUCAAGAAGACGUCAAUCUCUCCGGAAUCGAUUACAAGUUCGUAGACGGCAUCAAAGAACGAAACGCAGACGUACUUCGCUAUCUGUUCCGCCUACUGCUGUCGGCCGCAACUGGCAGGGCAGUAUUUGUCCUGGUGGAUGGGGUUUCAUGGAUGGAGGAAGGGUCGCAAGCUCAUGACUUCGGCGACUUUGUGGCCUUCUUCCGAAAUCUACUGAACGAAAUGAACAAUCGUCGACCUGGACUCAUUCUCAAAGUACUGCUCACAAACCCUUCGACAAGUCUUCAUGUGCACCGAUGGCUCCCGAACGAUAGCAUACUAGAGUUGGAAGAUGUGGAGGACUCUAUUGAAGUUCCCGGUGAAGCAGAUCUCUUAUGGUAG